GACACAAUCACAGUGUGGAGUAUCAGAGCUCGGAGCAGGACACACAGGGGGACAACUGCACCUGUCCUGCACACAGACACACACUCACAGGAUCUGACCCAUCGUCCUUAUGUGUGGAUGGGACCAAAGUCACUCGGCGACCUCUCAUAGCUCGGCCAUGUUGACCAGUGAGGGGGCGCACGCCAUGGAGCAGGAUGACUCGCACCACAGACCCAAGAUGGCCUCUGCCGCCACUACAGCCCCCACCGCCGGCUCGGGCUCAGACGGAGCAGAGACGAUGACAGACACAGACGUUGACAUGGAGAUGAAGGAGGCAGACAUGACUCGGUGGACGGAGGCAGAGUUUGAGGAGAAGUGCACAUACAUCGUCAAAGACACGGCGUGGGAGGCGGGGCCAGACAGUGACGAGGCCAUGAUGAUGACGACGACCAGAGCUGAGGCUUCUCUGCCCCGGAACCUGGCCUUCAAGCACCCAGCUGACAGCAAGGAGGUGGUCGGCGUGUGCAGCAGGGAGUACAUCCCUAAAGGAACUCGCUUCGGCCCCCUGGUCGGAGAAAUCUAUACAGCCGACAGCGUCCCCCGAGACGCGAAUCGCAAGUACUUCUGGAGGAGCAAUCCCUCUUAGAGGUCAAGCAGCAGCAGGUGAGCUCCAGUCCGUCCCCUGUCGCAGUGACACCCACCCCCCCAAAGAGGGAGCACAGCGUCCUGUCCAUCCUGCGUGGCACCAACAGCACCUCGUCCGCCAAGAGGGAGCCCAGCCGGCCGCUUCCCACCCGCCCGAGCCGUGCCGACAGCCCCGAGCGCCCCCUGUACCCCCGCGCCCUCUACCCGGCUUUCAGGGGCCACCCUCACAUCCCUGAAGACUUCCUGGGCCACAAACCUGGCCAGAUGGGUUACCCUGCAACUCGUUCCCCUGGCAACCAAUCCUCGGCGACACCUAGCCCGUCAGCGAGAAGUAGCCCAGACAGCAGCCCUCAGGGGAGUCCCUCUGGUGCUUUGCAUUCCCCAGCUUCUUUCUACCCCCCAGGGCUGGGCUCCUACCCUGGUUACUCCCCACCUUCAGCCCCGCUCUCCUCGUCCUUUUACCCUCCAGGAACGCCCUACCCACGAUACCUCCUGCCCCAUCACUACCCUCUGUCUGGUGGUGGUGUCCCCACAGUAGGAGGGAUCCUACCCCGGAUGUACUCCCUCUACAGCAGCCUCCUGCCCACUCAUGUGCCCAUACUGCCCUCCGACACAGCAGGGAGGCGCUUCUUGAUGCACGACCCCAUCCACCCCUCCUCCAUUUCUGCACACAGAGACUUCCUCCUCCCCGGGCCCACCAGUGCCUUCUCAGCUGCCACCUCUCUGAAAGACAACCCUUACCCUGGGCACCCUCACCUACACGAACCUGCCCGCGCCCCCUCCAGCGGCUCCCCGACAGCAGGCACAGCGCCUCCCAGCGAGCGAAUGCCUACCAAGCCUACCUCAGCACUACUGGGCAGCGCCAGUGAGCAUUGCCACGAUGAGGAGGCCAUCAACUUGACCAAAAUGAAGCGAGGUGCCGGCUCAGCGGGCUACAAAGCGCUGCCGUACCCUCUGAAGAAGCAGAACGGCAAAAUCAAGUACGAGUGCAACGUGUGCAGCAAGACUUUUGGACAGCUGUCAAACCUGAAGGUUCAUCUUCGUGUCCACAGUGGAGAGAGACCCUUCACAUGUCAGACCUGUAACAAAGGCUUCACGCAGCUGGCUCAUCUGCAGAAACACUUCCUGGUCCACACCGGUGAGAAGCCGCAUGAAUGCCAGGUUUGUCACAAGCGCUUCAGCAGCACCAGCAACCUGAAAACUCACCUCCGCCUCCACUCAGGGGAGAAGCCCUACCACUGCAAACUCUGCCCAGCCAAGUUCACCCAGUUCGUCCACCUCAAGCUGCACAAGCGCCUGCACUCCCGUGACCGUCCACACAAAUGCCCCCACUGCCACCGCCACUACAUCCACCUGUGCAGCCUGCGACUACACCUGAAGGGCUACUGCCUGGCAGUCAGCUCCGGCACCGGCAGUCCAGCCGUCUCCAGUCAGGCCGCCCUCGAGGAGGUGCAUCGCGCUAACGAGGAAAUUGAGCGCUUUGACGUCAGCGAGCAUGCCGAGCGGCUGGAGCAGCUGCAGGGUGGCGUGGAGGUGGAGGCCAUGCUGGAGAAGCAGGUCCUGGGGAUGCUGUGGGGGGAGACUGACCUCAAGUCCUCCCACUUUCAUCCCCGCCACAAGAGCGAUGCAGAGCUUCUGUCCGCGGGUUACGGUGCAUACGAGUCCCCGAAUGAGACGUCGGUCAUCAAGAUGCGGCGCAGCAGCCCCAUCCUGCCACUUCCUGCCAACGUCACCGUCAAGCAGGAGUCAGAGGAUCACGCUUAAAUGACCUUUGAAGCCAAUGGACACGGAGCAGAGACUGCGUGGCUCAAAGUGGACUUGGUUGCCAAGAGCAACAGCUGUAAAUAAUUAAAUUUCGACCUGGUUGUCGACAGGAGUGACAUCAUGACCACGUCGGGUUUUCAACCUAUCAGGGACUCUUGUACUCAGGGCUACAACAGACACUGUCCCAUGACUACUUUGCAGUUUAAGCGUUUAUUAAACUAAGAGACAAUCAACUACCCAGGACUUAAUGUAAUUAAUAUAAUGCUAUUAUCAUUAUUGUUGUUGUAUUGUUUUGGUCUUUAUUUUCAAAUGUCUUUUUUUUUUUGAUUAAUUAGUUGUUGUAUAACCUCCUUAAUUUAUUAUAGCUACUUUUGUUGUCUUUAAAAGCAAUAAGUGGAAUGAAUGGUUACACUGACAGGGUGAAAUCAAUGUAAAAGACUGUUUCUGUUGAUUUUGUUUUUCUCUGUGGCCAUUUCUCUGUAGAUAGUCACUCUCUCUAUGCCUAUAUCUGUCCUGCGACCUCUGACCUGUAGAAGCAGGGGCGUCCACUCUUCAGGGUUUUAUCUAUUUAAAUUUAAAAACCAGUAUAGCAGGUUAAAAAGGGUUUGAAAAAACUUGCCAAAGUAUGGCACAUAAAUUUGUUAAUUUAGCAACAAGAGCUUUAUUUCAGCCCUGCGCGACAGCUGCCCUCCAGUAUGACUGUGUCUGAUGCCCACUUAAUUAUAUGAAACAAGAAGAGGGCAUUUUUUUUUUAUAUUUUUCACAACGGUUACCUCAGUGUGCAUGUGACGAUAUGAGUGUGUGUGCGUUUUAAGGGACAGCUGAAGGUGGGAGCUUUCUAUUUAUUUGCUUUCUUUGCUACUUGAAGAAGAAGAAACCAAACUGAAGUGGAGUGCAGCUCCUCGUGUGGUCCAAAGGAGCGGCGCCGCCCGCUCAACAUGUAGCACAUAACGGACUCGGGAGGCUGGUGAGCCGUCCCCUCCUCCUCCUCCUCCUCCUGUACCUUUAUUUUUUUUAACAAUACUGUCAAACAUCCUCAGAUUUGGGGAUUUGCUCUUGACGCUAGUAACCAAAGUUGACUUCGAUUUCAAAUGCACACCAAAAAAAAAAGUGGAAAAUGAAAAGAAGGGAAGGAAGAACUUGAGGAAUGGAAACGCUGAAGAAGGGAAGAUAAACUGUGUGUACAUGAAGUGUUCGCUCUUUAGCUGUGGUCACUCGUUUUGUCGAUGUUUUUAUUUUUGUUCUUUUAUUCAUAUUUCAGUUAAGAAACAAAUGGCCCCUUCUUUAACCCCACCUGUCCGCCAUCUUGUUAAUGAACUGGCAAACACCAAAGCACCUCGGCCCUCUUUUAUGCACUGGCCCCCUCCUCUUACUUUAUAACUUCAGUGCCGAUGCUUGCACCGUUUACACUGUGUUCAUGGUAUUUAUGGCAUUAAGACUCACCUUAAUGUUUCUAUAUGGCAACUGCAGCAGUUGCACAUCAACCUGAGCAGCUCUCUCUCUUUCCUCUGUUUCAUUUUCUAACGUUCGACCAAAGCGUCUCUCUCUCUCUCUGUCUCUCUCUCUCUCUCCCUCUCUCUCUGACCAGAGCUUUAACUCCCAAAAGGACUGUCUCUGUUUACAUUCUGGUUUACAUAGUUAUUUAUGUGCAAAAAUGUCAAAAAGUGUAAAUUAUGAUAUAAAUGUUCACUGCUCUAAUCUGAA